AUGUAUUUGCUCCAGCAUGUGUUGCAGCAUCCGGUCUUGUACCCAUGUGUUGGAGCCGUCCUCGUUCUGGUCGUCAAUCUCUUGGCUACUCGCUACCGCCGAGGUCUGCGACAAGUGCCAGGGCCGUUCUGGGCGAGUUUCACGGGGUUCUGGAAAUCUCGCGUGUCGUGGGUAGGCAACUAUGAAAAGGUGAUUCGAGAAUUGCACAACCGUCAUGGCCCAUAUGUUCGCAUUGGACCCAACACCGUGUCGAUCGGAGAUCCGAACGCCCUCGCUGUCAUAUAUGGCAUCAACAAAGGAUAUAACAAGACUGAGCUCCUUCGAACAAACAUGAUGGUGUACAAGGGUCAGCGGCUGCCAAACCUCUUCGCCAUCAGCAACGAGGCUGAGCAUGCGGCCUUGAAGCGGCCCGUCGCGCACGCAUAUUCAAACUCGGCCCUCACCGACCUCGAAGACUACAUCGACAAGUGCAACGACAUCCUCGUACGUCGGCUGGACGAGGUAUCCAGGCAUGGCAAGCAGCCUGUCGACAUGGCCAAUUGGCUCCAGUACUACGCCUUCGAUGUCAUUGGAGAAAUCACCUUCUCCAAGCCCUUUGGAUUCAUGGAGCAAGGGUCCGAUAUCGAGCACAUACUGGACAACAUCCAUGACUCUAUGGUGUACAACUCACUGGUCGGCCAUAUCCCUGGUCUCCAUGAGCUCCUGCGAGGCAACCCGCUGCUCAAGUAUAUAAUGCCUAAUUCAAAACGUUCCGACUACAUCACGGACUUCACUCUCAAGCGAAUCACUGAGCGUGAGACGGCUGAUGUCAAGAGACAAGACCUGAUGGGGAGGCUCUUCGCGGUUCAACAUCAAGACCCCUCGAAGAUGCCCCUGGAGCACAUUCUGUCUCAUACAACGACGAACGUUUUCGCCGGAAGCGAUACGACAGCCAUUGCCCUCCGUGCUCUAGUAUAUUACCUAUGCCGGAACCCUGCCGUUUAUGAAAAACUAGAGAAGGAGGUCCAAACCGCCGAAUCGAACGGCGAGCUGAGUCGGAUCGCCACCUUUGCCGAAACCCAACGGUUGCCUUACUUCCAAGCCUUUCUCAAGGAAGUCAUGCGUUGCUUCCCGCCCACCGGCAUCAUCCUGGAACGUCGCGUGCCCGCCGCUGGGUUGGACUUGGACGGAGGUCGGAUCCAUUUGCCUGGCGGGACGAUCGUGGGAAUCAGCGCGUGGGUGAUUCACUAUGACAAAGACAUUUUUGGCGCUGAUGCAGAGGAUUUCCGUCCGGAGAGGUGGUUGGAAGCAUCGGCCGAGCAGAGAAAACGGAUGGAAAAGUUCUGGUUCACGUUCGGCUCAGGGUCGAGAACGUGCAUUGGCAAAAACGUCGCCCUCAUGGAGAUGAACAAGGUAUUCCUCCAUCUGAUACGCAACUUCCGCGUCGCCCUGGCAGACCCCGAGAUGGGAUGGACCACGCACACCACCACCGUGGUCAAGCAGUCGAAUUUGAUCUGUAGAUUGACACCAAAGGCUCAUCUCUUGCCGCCCGAGCCGUGA